AUGGAAUCAAACAGCCUGGAAAGAGCAUCCGAAUACCUAAACAAUCUCUUGCUCGCGCGUGGACUCCUCUCAAAUGGCAAACCCAUCGACUUUGCUCGACCAGAUCGUCAUGGCUCCAGCACGAAUCCAACGAUGGCCCGGAUCAUCAAUCUCGUCCACGACCUGGUCCUUCGACGUGAUCAGGAUGCCGAACAACGAGAGAACCUCGCCAUCCAUAUCCGCCAAGCCCGCGCCGACGAAGCCCAGCGUGUCCUCGAUCUCCAAAAGUUGCAGGCCAAGAAUGCUGAACUCUCGCGAGCAGCUGCUGCCGCCGAGGCGCAGGAGCGAGCGUUGAAGACAAACGUGCGCAAACUCGAAACCCAAGCGAAAGAGCUAAGAGAGCAGAUGUUGAAGAUGAAAUCUACUCUGGACCAGGUGCGGAGCAAAUGUCUGAGCGACGUUCGCAAAAGGGAUGCGGAACUCGACAAACUGAAGGGCUUUUUGGCGGGAUUGCAGCGGGGGAAGAAAGAUUCGAGCGGAAUGAAGAUAAAUACAAUCAACUGGGAGCCAGAAGUCAAGGGCAGGGAACUGCGCAACGGACAGGAUGUGAACAGCUCCGAGUGGAGCCUAGAAAAGGAAACCAACGAGUUCCUGGCUGCAUUGGUCAAUGAGACGAGUACAGAAAAUGUGUCCCUUAGACGCAUAAUUACGGACACCAUGCGGAUAAUACGAGAUAUCACUGGGCUGAAAGAUACCGGAGCGGGUGCUGAGAAUGAAGAAGACCAGGAAGGAAGGAUAGGCACACCAGACCAUUACAGCGAAGCCAAUCGGAGAUCGACUCCCCAGCAACCACAAGCUGAAGACCUUACAUCUUGCGACGAGCUAGCUGAACAAAUGACUGCCAUCCUGGGACACUGCCAAUCAAUACUCAAAGAUCCUUCCUUCGUCCCGAUCGAAGAAGUCGAAAUCCGUGACGAAGAAAUCAUCAAGUUGAGAGCAGGAUGGGAAAAGAUGGCAAACCGGUGGAAGGAAGCGGUAACGAUGAUGGAUAAUUGGCGCAGACGUAUGGCUGAGAAUAGCGAAGGAUUGUCAAAGGACGAUCUGUCGAGGCUGGAGUUUGGAAAGAGUGUGGCUUUGCUACCUGACGGGCAACCUGUCUUUGGAACAAACGAGGAAUUGUCGUCGAUACUGUACGAAGCCAGCAAGUUGGAAGAAGAAGAAGAACCAGACCACGGAGAAAUUUUCCCAGAAUCCGAACAAGAAGACAUUGGAAGUCGAAUACCAACUCAAAGCGACAUGGUCAGAAAGCGCCCCGUCAAGAGACAUUCAACAGAACUCGACCUAGACCUUGACAUUCCGUUGGCACAGGAACGGUCGCCUAAAAGACGUGCUUCCAUUGCGCGCAAGGCGGGUAAUCUAGGCAAGCCAAUUCGACCAUUACAGGCGAUUGACAUGAACAAUCUCAAUGCCUCACCAAAGCCUGGGUUCGAAAGAUGGGCAGCAUCGAGGGAAAGUGCAGACUCUGGCAUUGGCAGUUUAGACUGUGCAGUGGAAGGCAGGCCUGAAUCGGAGGUUGACGACGAGGACUAUGGCCAAGAGCUCGGAAAAAGGAUGAUGGACUUGGAAUCUCGACUUCCACGGCAGAUCAAAAGACAACAGCCCGUCUUGACCAUAGAUGAAAAGCUCGACGCAGUAGAGGCAGAAGCUCUGGCAACACAGCAAGACCUGAAAUCAGCUAGUGGCACUAAAAGCUGGAAACGAAAACAUGGAGUCCAUGCCACGAAGACGAGAAAAGCAUCAAGGAGAAGGAGCACAUUGAGUCCGGACGAGCUAGCUGAGUUGAUGGGGAUUGAGUAG